ACGAAUAGAUUGUGAAGGAAACAAAGGUAAUAAAUUGAAGUUCUCUCUGAAAUUGCGAUCAGAUAUUGAUCUUGGAGAGAGCUGAUCUUCCUUCUUUACCUUUUAUUUUUCCCCUUUUUCUCUGGUUUGCUCUCUUGUCCUCCAUCGCUCGAGAGCUUCAUUCAUAGGGCUCAAUUUUCCCCCAUUUUUCUAUAUCAUUAUCGCCAUCGAAACCCCAUCAAACCUUUUCAAUCAAGCCUUCUUUUCGUGAUCGGCGGGUUUCUUUGACCUUUUAAUCCGAUGAUCGCGCCCCACUUGCUCGAUUUCUGAUUCAGUCUUGAUUUCGUGUUCUUGUUGUAGCUAGAACUACUGUAGAUUGGAUUUUCUUAUCUGGGUUCUUGCCAUGUCGUGAUUUUUCUUCAUCUGAGGUUAUCCACGGAGUCUCGUUUACGGAGAAGGGUUAGGCCAUUCACCCGAAUGGAAGGGUCUGGUAUCGACCCCGACUCUCAUAGAGCUGCUUCCGCCAGUGGUAGUUCAAGAAGGUUUGGAUUGUUAAUUGCCUCGAAUAUUAUUCAGGCUCCACUUUCUGCUCUAUUAGAGUAUUCGGGUCUUCUUCGUGGCCGCCCAAGUCAUCAAGAACCCGAGGCGUUGAUAAGUGCACGACUGCCUUCGGCUUUUCGAGGCCAUCUUCGCAGCCAGAUUGAUGAAUCUUCGGGUGCCAGUAAUGAUGGAGAGGUUUCGAUUAGGAUAAUUGGGGCUGGGGAACCAGAACAUGGGAGAGAUGGUGCUGGACUAGUCGUUGGGCAAGCGAGGGAAGUCAGUGGUCAGAAUGCAGUGUCUUCGCAAUCUAUGACCUUGGCGUCGGAGCUUAGCCAGGGAGAUUCUGCUACUGAACGCAGUGCUCGAGAGGGCAUUCCUCAAUCGAGAAACGCAGGCGCUGAUGGGGAUGCCUCGGAGGCAGCUGGGGGAAAUAGCAGGGAUUCUUCUUAUCAAAGGUACGAUAUUCAACAGGCUGCUCGGGGGAUUGAGCAGAUUCUCCCAUUUAGUUUUCUUCUACUGGUGGUCUUCAUUCGACAGCAUUUGCAAGGCUUCUUUGUGACAAUAUGGAUUGCUGCUUUCAUGUACAAGUCGAACGAUAUUUUGCGAAAACAAACAGCGUUAAAGGGGGAGAGAAAAAUCUCUAUUUUGGUUGGCAUAUCUCUUGCAUUCACCAUUCAUGUUAUUGGUGUGUACUGGUGGUAUCAAAAUGAUGGCCUUUUAUAUCCGCUGAUCAUGCUUCCUCCUAGAGCAAUACCUCCUUUUUGGCAUGCUAUUUUCAUCAUCAUGGUGAAUGACACUUUGGUCCGCCAAGCAGCGAUGGUGGUGAAGUGCAUUCUAUUGAUGUAUUACAAGAACAGCAGAGGCCGCAAUUAUCGUAAACAGGGUCAAAUGCUAACUUUAGUCGAAUAUUUGCUACUACUGUACCGUGCGUUAUUGCCCACUCCUGUCUGGUAUCGCUUCUUUUUGAACAAAGAGUACGGGAGUCUAUUUUCUUCGCUAUUGACGGGACUGUACUUAACUUUCAAACUCACAUCUGUUGUUGAAAAGGUGCAAUCCUUCUUUGCUGCUUUGAAAGCACUGUCACGUAAAGAGGUGCAUUAUGGCGCAUAUGCUACGUCGGAGCAGUGUCUCACCCGAUUGAACUGUACUCGAGUUGGUAUCGUCUCUUCUAUUUGGGGGGCUAUAUUCGUAAUGUUUUUGGCCUCGUCUCUCUUGGUGAAUGCAGCUGGUGAUUUGUGUGCUAUUUGCCAAGAGAAGAUGCAUGCUCCUAUCCUACUCCGAUGUAAACACAUAUUUUGUGAAGAUUGUGUAUCAGAGUGGUUCGAGCGGGAACGAACAUGUCCAUUGUGUAGGGCUUUGGUUAAACCUGCAGAUCUGAGGUCAUUUGGUGAUGGAUCAACCAGUCUGUUUUUCCAGGUUUUCUAAGCCAUUUACUUCCAGCAGCCCCAUCAGAGGCUCUGUGGUUCAUCACAUCUUUACCUACACAAAAUGUACAUCUAACUAAUGGCCUGUGUAGUUAGAUGUACAUUUUGUGUAGCAAAGACUGCGCUCACAAGAAGAAUGUGCUCGGAAACGCCAAUUCGGUAUCGGAAUGUAUACGUAAUAGUGUCCCUUUUGUGUUACGGAGGAGGACGGGUUUAACCACAUAUGCAAAAUUAAUGAAUUGCUGAGUCUGGAGUGUAAAUUUAGUACCAAAGUCAGUUGUUGUGUUGAUUUAUAAAUUAGUCCAAAUGCAUAAAAUGAGAAAUUGUUACAUAUAAUACCCAGUUUGAUUA